CCAAGAGCCCGAGUCCUCUCUAGGUUCCCUGUGUUUAUCUCUCGACGGGACCGCUGAAAGGCAUUAAAACAACUGCGGUUCACCUCGACUCUCUUAUGCGGUCUCCAAAACCAAGACGGCGGUGCUGCAUCUAUCCUACUAAGUGCCAUGGCUAGAAAGACGGACAUUCCCUCCUCUUACUAUGGUGAGCCACGCAAGUUCGACCCAAACUUCAGAGGGCCUGUUCAUAACAGGAGCUGCACUGAUGUGGUUUGCUGUGUUAUCUUUGUCAUUGUCAUCCUCGGCUACAUCGCUCUGGGAACCGUGGCCUGGAUCCAUGGCGACCCCAGGAAGGUCGUCUAUCCAACCGACAGCCACGGUCAGUUCUGUGGCCAGAAGAACACCCCCAAUGCAAACAAAGCCAUAUUAUUCUACUUCAACAUGUUGAAAUGUGCCAAUCCUGCAGUUUUAAUUAACCUCCAGUGCCCUACAACCCAGCUCUGUGUCUCCAAGUGCCCUGACAGAUUUGACACUCUCCCUAAUGCAUGGAAAACCAAUAAGUGGGAAUAUUACAAGCAAUUCUGCAAGCCAGGCUUCGUGAUCGGCAGUAAGUCAGUGACAGAAGUCAUGCGGGAUGAAGACUGCCCAUCUAUAAUUGUGCCAAGCAGACCUUUCCUUCAGCGGUGCUUCCCUGAUUUCAUUACGAGAAAUGGACUUUUAACCGUAGCCAAUCAGACCAUGUUCAGAGAUGGUGACAAUAAUGAGAGAAGUGUCAGCGACCUCAAAGAUGCUGCCAACCAAGUAACCGCCAUGCAGCAAGGAGUGGAAAGAGGUAUCGCCAGUCUACUAAGUGCCAAAGAAGUUGGCAUGAAGAUCUUUGAGGAUUAUGCAAAUUCCUGGAUGUGGAUCCUCACUGGUCUGGUGAUAACCAUGGUAGUCAGUCUGCUGUUUAUCCUGCUGCUGCGCUACACAGCUGGUGUGCUCCUGUGGCUCAUUGUCUUCGGUGCCAUCGCUUCUGUCGGCUAUGGUAUCUGGCACUGCUACUGGGAAUACAGUACUCUGAGAGGGAAGCCAGGUUCUAACGUCACCAUCUCCGAUAUCGGCUUUCACACAGACUUCAGCAUUUACCUUAAGAUCAGCGAGACGUGGCUCAUCUUCAUGAUCUCACUGUCAGUGAUUGAGGCCAUCAUUGUGAUUAUACUGAUAUUUCUGAGGACGAGGCUGCGCAUCGCUGUUGCAUUACUGAAAGAGGGAAGCAAGGCCAUUAGCUACAUCAUGUCCACUCUCUUCUACCCUAUCAUCACCUUUUUCCUUCUGGCCAUCUGCAUCGCUUACUGGGCUGUUACAGCAGUCUUCUUAGCAUCAUCUGGUUAUGCAGUCUAUAGGGUCACACCUGCUGAUGAUAAAUGCAUGUACGCCAACCUCACAUGCAAUCCAAAGACCUUCAGUCAGACCAAUAUCACCAAAGUGUGCCCCGGGUCACAAUGCAUGUUCGCCUUCUAUGGUGGGGAGAGUGUGUACCACCGCUACAUUUUAGUCCUCCAUCUGUGUAACCUGUUCGUGUUCCUCUGGCUCGUCAACUUUACCAUCGCCUUGGGCCAGUGCACCCUGGCUGGGGCCUUUGCUUCCUACUACUGGGCCCUGAAGAAGCCAAACAACAUCCCUACCUGCCCGCUUUACUCGUCAUUUAGCAGAGCCAUACGUUAUCACACAGGUUCCCUCGCCUUCGGUUCUCUGAUCAUUGCCGUGGUGCAGACGGUCCGAAUUGUUCUCAUGUACCUGGAUCAGAAACUGAAAGGUUCUCAAAAUGCCUGCGCUCGAUACCUGCUUUGCUGCCUCAAAUGCUGCUUCUGGUGCCUGGAACAUUUCAUCAAGUUUAUAAACAGAAAUGCAUACAUUAUGAUAGCAAUAUAUGGGAAGAACUUCUGCACCUCUUCCAAGGACGCUUUCUUCCUCUUGAUGAGGAAUGUUAUUCGGGUGGCUGUCCUGGACAAGGUGACAGACUUCCUGCUCUUCUUGGGAAAACUGCUAAUUUCAGGAAGUGUUGGUGUCCUUGCAUUUUUCUUCUUCACACGUCAAAUACCAGUCAUUCAAGAGGAGGUGCCAUCCCUUAAUUACUACUGGGUGCCCCUUCUGACGGUGAUAUUUGGAUCUUACAUGGUUGCACAUGGCUUUUUUAACGUCUAUGCCAUGUGUGUGGACACAUUGUUCCUGUGCUUUUGUGAAGACCUGGAGAGGAAUGAUGGUUCUUCCUCCAGGCCCUACUACAUGUCUCCUGGCCUGCACAAGAUCCUGCGCAGAGGCGAGGAGGGUGCCAAAUCAUGCGCUGCCUCCUGAGCGAUGUGCGGCCAUUUUACUAAACCGCUGACUUUCUCACUCACUUCUCCAUAUCUACUGUAUGUGUGGGAGUCUGGACGUUUGAGAGCGAGUACUGUAGGGCUAAACAUGAAAGCUGGAUGCAUCCCAGCCUGGUCUGGGAUGACGUGGACAUGAAAGGACAUGCUUUUACUUCAGUUCCUCACAGAAAAGGCAUGGGGGGGGGGGCUAGAAAAAGACCUCUGUACACUUCCUCUUGAGCCAACUCAGAUACUUGCCUUUUUUUCUGCCAUGCUUUUUGUUCUUUUUUCUUUUCUGUAUUUUCUGCUGACCUCUGCCUUACUGAGAGGGUACUUGUCAACUCGCAGGACGGAUGCACAGACUGAGAUAAAAAUGAUAAAAGCAUUUUACCCAAACAAACAUGAAGAUCUUAAAAUGUACAGAUGCCACUGAUGGACUAUGGCAUAAGGUAUCACCAUUGGGGAAAAAAGAAGAAAAAAAAAAAAAGUGGUGGACUUAUGGGGCACCCUCUUGUCGCACUUUGGUCUUCUAGUGUAAAAUCAUGUUUUGUAUGCACUUUCACAUAUGGGAAAAGAACCAUGUGAUUUAUUUCUUCUGCCUAGCAUGAUUAUUUUGCUGGCUGUUGAUGUUUACCAUUGGUUUUAUAGAUUGCUUUGGUCCACUGUAUUUAUACUAACACUGACACACAAAUCCAAAAAUGGUGUCUAUACUGCACUUGGCAAAACAGGUUUCUCUUCUUUUACAUCAUUUAAAAAAGGUCACAAUCAUUUCAAAGUUUCCAUUAUGCUCAUAGAUGUACUGUAACCCAGACAGAGACUUUUUGGGAGGUCAAGACUUCAAAAGACAUUUUAUGGUUUUUGCUUAAAAUUUGAACAGAACCUGACAGAUUUCAGGAAACUUUUGAAUGCAGCCACUAGUUUAUGUGCCUAGUUGUGGAAAAAAAAGAAAAUGUUCCUCCUUAUUCUGUGGUUUUAGACCUAACACCAGGAACCUUUGCGAUACAAUUUAUAAAAGGAUGUCAAAGCCAUUUUUGGUAAAUUUUUUAUUGGAUGGUUCAGAUGUAGUGCUGUUUUAAUACUAAGUAUAAUACACGCAUCUGUCUGGAGGUUAUUCAGUGUUCUUUUUGUAUAGGAGAAUUUUUUUUAUCAAUGAAA